ACGCAUCUAGCAAUAUCUCGUCCAUUAAUCCUAUGAGCAAGUCAGAUAGCUCGCGAAUCCAGUCAACCCAGGCCAAAGGCGGGGGUGACAUGAGCGCGGGUGGUUUUGCAGCGCGGGCUCAAGCCGCUGGCGAUCGCUCAACGAACUCCAACACAGGCGCAGCGUACUCGUCUUCUGGUUCAACCCAGCAAGGCACCACCGGCUCGGGUGGCGGAUCUCAGCAGUCGGGUGCUGCAAAGAGAUGACAAAGUGCAGCGAAGAGUGAAGGCGGGGUUCUCGGAAUGUAGUACAUGGUGAUAUUUCAUGAUUUCGUCAUCGGGUACUUGGUCGUUGUUUUUC